AUGCCGACGAAUGGUGUGUCUUCAAGACUGAUGCAGUUUUUAGAUCCAGAGGAACGCCAUCGAGUUGGAAUACAGACGCCUUUCCAGCGUCUCGCUCAACAAAUGCAAGAUGUUUUAGGAGAUGGAGGAAUUCUCAAGGAAGUGGUGCAUGAGGGAGAAGGUCCGCUUAUACCGAAAGACGCUUCAGUCAGCAUUCAUUUUUCUGGAUUCCUGGAGUAUUCAGACCAACCGUUUGAGUCGACCAGGAACUUUAAAUUUCCCAAAAUGAUGAAGCUAGGAAAAGACAUGACGGUGUGGGGUCUCGACCUUGGCUUGCGGACCAUGAGGAAAGGGGAGUUCUCUCGUUUUCUCAUGCAGCCCACUUAUGCCUAUGGAGAGAUGGGCUGCCCUCCUCUCAUCCCACCAUGGGCUACGGUGCUGUAUGAGGUGCAGGUCCUCGACUAUCUUGACUCCGCUCAAGUGGACGAGUUCUUUGCACUUUCACUGGAAGAGCAGAAUUUGGCUCCUCUGUCGACGCUGCUGAACGUAGUUGACACGGAGCGAAGCUUUGGAAACCGCUGUUUCAAUCAGAGCCGCUAUGAGGACGCCAAACACAGAUACAAGCAGGCCAUGACGUUGCUAAGGAACCGCAAGCCGGAGGAUGAGGACGAGAGGAGAUGUGUGGAGGAGGCGAGCCUGCCCUUCCUGCUCAAUCUCUCCUUCACCUACCUCCGCAUGGAGAGACCUCACAAAGCCCUGCAGUUUGGCCAGAGGGCUCUGGAAAUCAGCCCUGGUAACACCAAAGCAUUGUUCCGCUGUGGUCAGGCAUGCUUAGAGAUGAGUGACUACAAGAAGGCACAGGAUUACCUCAUCAGGGCUCAGGCCAAGAAGCCGUUUGACACCGACAUCAACAACUUGCUAAGGAAGCUGGCAAAUUGUUACAAGAAAGACCUGGACAAGGAGAAACACAUGUGCUCCAAAAUGUUUUCUGCUCCCAAAUCUGAGAAAUGA